GCCAUGAGCCAUGUGGCAAGGUAUAGAUUGAUGGAAAUGGAUUAAUUUAAGCUGUAAGAACAGUUAGCAAGAAGCCUGCCACGGCCAUACAGUUUGUAACCAAUAUAAGUCUCUGUGUUUACUUGAUCGGGUUUGAGUGGCUUGGGACUGGCGGGUGAGAGAGAUUUGUCCUGACUGUGGGCCAGGCAGGAAAACUCCAGCAACACAGAUCUAUUAAGAGGAUUUGGUGGAAAAAUAAUACGUAUAUGAAUUAGUUUUCCUUGGAGUUAUAUAGCCAGGGCUGUUCAUGGCCAAAGUGGCAAAACCCAACAAAAAGAACAAGGGAAAUGACACGACACUCUGGCCACCUCCUUGCAUAGUGGCCAUUCCAUGCAAAAGCUUUCUUUGGGAACUUCAGAUCAGCUGGACAGUAUAUGUGAUUCUUUCCCAUUGGUCAUCCUCCCAGGAGCCCAGAGACUAGGAUGAAAUUCCCACAGACAAUUCUUGACACACAGAAUUCCUCCCAGGGAGUUGCAGGCUGGACUCCAAAGUCUAGCACACUUUUUUUCCCCUCUCUCUCUCAGAGCGUGGAGCCAAGGGGCAAAAAGAGGGGAACACCUUGGCUAUGAAGGUAUUUAUGACCCAGCAGAAGGGGAGGAGCAGGAAAGCCUCCAGCUAGCUCCUAGGACUCUGGCAGCUGUUUCUGUCAGCGUUCCCAUUUCUAGACUGAUGUUCAUUGCUUGAGUCCCAGGGUACCGAGUUUGUGAAACCGCCUCUUGGUUUAACUCUCACAAUAGGGAUUUAUGUCCAAACAUCACCGGACAUGUUGGGCAUUUGACUGCUUUGGAAGAGGUAACUGAGGCUCAGCUGCACAGUCACACAUCUGGAAAACUGCCAGAGGCAGAACUUAAGUAAGGCUUCACCUUCCUCCAGCGGUCUGAACAGGAAACUCGGGUUAUUUAUCAUCCUCUCCAUAGCACACUCUCCACAUACAAUGCAGGAACACAUCCACCUACAGCCAAACUGAGAAGGCCAGAGAGAGGGAGACCCUGCCUUAGAGGAGGGCGGGAAGCUUCCAUUCCUGCGGCCCACAGUGAGGCCCAUCUUUUGCUUGCUCUUAGUUGCAUAAACUUGGGCAAACCACUUUUCUCCUCAAACCUAUUCAACUGUCCCGAGGCCCUCCCUCUGCCUGGUGCGUUCCACACAGGCUGAAAUGGACCUUCAUGUUGCAUCUGAGGGUGAAGGACUGCAAAGAGCAGAACUUCAGAAAACGACUGUAAGCCUCACUCCCCCACGUGCAGAAGAGAAAGCAAUUCCACCCUCCUCUGCCACCCACAAGGGACCCCACACGCAAAACUUGUCCCCAGGGUCUGCCCCUCGCGGCGCUAGCUCGCCGGCUGCUGGAGCGCGGCUCGCGGAGGCUCGGCGGCAGGAGGAGCGUGUGAGUUGGAGGCGUCCCUUUAAGAGCGGCCAGCCGGGCGAGCCUCCGCCUCCAGGACCGCAGCGCGCCGCCGGUCACCUGGGGCUGUCGGGCAGCAGGAUCGCGGCGGUACCGGCGGGCUAGCCCGUGGAACCGGAGCGGGGCUCGGACACGAGGUGCGGCGGGGCAGGCACGGAGCAAGGCGGUUCCCCCCGCGGGUCCGGCAGAGGAUGCGGGAGAGCACGUGGGUGUCGCUGCUGCUGCUGCUGCUGCUGCUGCCCGCGCCUCUGUGGGGCGGCCCCCAGGACGGCCGCCGGGAGCCGGAGCCCGAGUCCGAGCGCGGCCCGCUGCAGCCCUACGAUCUGCUCUACGCCAGCGGCGUGGCUGCCUACUACAGCGGCGACUACGAGCGUGCGGUGCGUGACCUGGAAGCCUCGCUGCGCAGCCACCGGCGCCUGCGAGACAUCCGCACGCGCUGCGCCCGCCACUGCGCGGCGCGCCGCCCGCUCGCACCCCCCGGCGCCGGCCCGGGAGCCGAGCUGCCCUUCUUCCGAGCGCUGCUCGAGCGGGCGCGCUGCUCCCGCAGCUGCCAGAGCCAGCGCCUGGGCGGCCCCGCGUCCCGCCACCGCGUCAGCGAGGACGUGCGCAGCGACUUCCAGCGCAGAGUGCCCUACAACUACCUGCAGCGGGCCUACAUCAAGCUUAACCGGCUGGAAAAGGCCAUGGAAGCAGCCCACACGUUCUUCAUGGCCAACCCUGAGCACAUGGAAAUGCAGCAGAGCAUAGAAGACUACAGAGUGACGGCCGGGGUAGAAGCCUUCCAGCUGGUAGAUCGAGAAGCCAGGCCACAUCUGGAGAGCUACCACGCAGGCGUUAAACAUUACGAGGCCGAUGACUUUGAAGCCGCAAUCAAGUACUUUGAACAAGCUUUAAGAGAAUACUUCAAUGAAGAUAUGGAAUGCCGGGCUCUAUGUGAGGGGCCUCAGAGAUUUGAGGAAUAUGAGUACUUAGGGUAUAAAGGCGGUCUUUAUGAGGCAAUUGCAGAUCACUACAUGCAGGUUCUGGUCUGUCAGCAUGAGUGUGUGAGGGAACUUGCCACCCGCCCAGGCCGCCUCUCACCGAUUGAGAACUUCCUUCCCUUGCAUUACGACUACCUCCAGUUUGCCUACUACAGAGUCGGUGAAUAUGUGAAAGCCUUGGAGUGUGCCAAAGCCUAUCUGAUGUUCCAUCCAGAUGACGAGGAUGUCCUGGACAAUGUAGACUACUAUGAGAGCCUGCUAGAUGACAGCAUAGACCCAGAAUCCAUUGAGGCCCGAGAGGAUAUGACAGCAUUUGUCAACCGUCAUAACCUUGAAUCUGAACUGAUAAAGUCAGCUGCAGAGGGUCUGGGAUUUUUGUAUUCUGAACCGAAUUACUGGAUCAGUUAUGGAGGACGGCAGGAUGAGAACCGGGUGAAUGUGGAGGGAGCAGAAGUCCAUGGAUUGUCAUUGGGGAAGAAGUCACUGCCCAAGAUAGGUCGAGACCUAAGAGAAGGUGGCCCUCUGCUCUAUGAGAACAUCACCUUCGUCUACAACUCAGAACAGCUGAACGGGACUCAGCGGGUUCUCCUGGAUAAUGUCCUGUCCGAAGACCAAUGCCGGGAACUCCACAGCGUGGCCAGUGGAAUCAUGCUGGUUGGUGAUGGAUACCGAGGAAAAACGUCACCCCAUACCCCCAAUGAAAAGUUUGAAGGGGCAACCGUCUUGAAAGCACUCAAAUUUGGUUAUGAAGGCCGGGUGCCACUGAAGAGUGCUCGCCUCUUCUAUGACAUCAGUGAGAAGGCUCGAAAGAUUGUGGAAUCCUAUUUCAUGCUGAACUCAACCCUGUAUUUUUCCUAUACACACAUGGUCUGCAGAACAGCCCUGUCUGGGCAGCAGGAUAGAAGAAAUGACCUCAGCCAUCCCAUUCAUGCAGACAACUGCCUCUUGGAUCCGGAAGCUAAUGAGUGCUGGAAGGAGCCUCCUGCGUACACUUUCCGGGACUAUAGUGCGCUCCUGUAUAUGAAUGAUGACUUUGAAGGGGGAGAGUUCAUCUUCACUGAAAUGGAUGCUAAAACUGUGACUGCCUCUAUUAAACCAAAGUGUGGGCGAAUGAUCAGCUUCUCAUCUGGCGGAGAGAACCCUCAUGGGGUGAAGGCGGUCACCAAAGGCCAGCGCUGCGCCGUGGCGCUGUGGUUCACCCUAGACCCUCUUUACAGAGAACUGGAGCGGAUACAGGCUGAUGAAGUGAUUGCCAUCUUGGAUCAAGAGCAGCGCGGGAAGCAUGGACUGAAUAUUAACCCCAGAGAUGAGCUAUAGAAAAGAGAGUGUUCUAUCGACUAUUUAUUUAAAUUGUUAAUCUUAUAAGAACCUUUUUAUUUUUGUACAGAGCCGUGGUAUAAAUUAACAGGAUACAGUGAGUCGCUGGAUUCCCCUUCUGUUCCUAACUCGGCUGGCUUUGCCUUCCUCAUGCUCUUGGUUGUCUUCAGUUCAUCAUUCAGAACCCAGUCACACCUCCAAACACACAUCACACACACUCUGCACACUACACAGCCACACAGGUAAACAUAUAACACUGAUAUGCUACAGAAACACACAUAUGCCACUCACAUACCACAGAAAUUUCCAAACAUGACACACAUACAUAUACCAAACACACCCAAACACAUACCACCCAGAUAGACAAUCUCUCUCUCUCUCUCUCUCUCUCUCUCUCUCUCUCUCUCUCUCUCUCUCUCUCUCUCUCUCUCUCUCUCUCUCUCUCACACACACACACACACACACACACACACACACAGAGUACAUACAUACACAAUUAACUUGCCGCACAUUCAGAAUCUCAGCACAAUAGGCUGGUUCUCAGCAACCCCACAGCUAGAGUGUGCCCUAGGUCUAAAGUGAGUAUGUGAAUUGGUCUCAGGCCUCUGGCUUGCUGCCUUUCCCUGUGGCUUCUCAUGGUGCUGAUGGCUGAUACAGACUCUUCACAGCAAGCUUGGCUUGGGUCUGGUCUGAGGAGCCCCCGACACAGUCUGCAUGGCCCAGAAUCACAAGCAGCAGCAUCUUUCAGAUUCGAGGAAGCCACCACUGGAAUAAGGACUGUGACCCAGGGCCCCCCUGCCAGGGCCUCUGUGGACCGUGAAGACUGGUAUUAUCAACCGAAGUUUUGAUUCCCCUCCAAAGUGCUCUGUAAGAGGCAGCCUCCGACUUGUCCUUAAACAGUCACACAGAGGUCCAGCAGCACAGGUUCAUCCCAGUGAUGUUGGAAGAACAUCUUUAAUCCCCCUGCCUCAGGCACUGUUGCUGGGCUGCUGGAGAGGGGCUGCUGCUGGUGAAAAAGUGGAAACCCUUCUCAAAGGCUGCUCCUUGUCUGCCUCGGUUGGGCAACCUCUUCCAGGAGCGGUUAUCAGCUUACAGAGGCAUGCUGGGUCCAAGCUGUUUAAUAAAGGGCGCCUUGUUACAGCA